UGUAUAUCGAUGCACGUGGGUCAAGCGGGCGUCCAGAUGGGCAAUUCCUGCUGGGAAUUGUAUUGUCUGGAACACGGAAUCCAGCCAGACGGAACUAUGCCAUCUGACAAAGUCUCCGGUACGAAUGAUUGCUUCAACACCUUCUUCAACGAGACGAGUUCCGGCAAGAUGGUACCGCGGGCCGUGAUGGUCGAUCUUGAGCCAACUGUUGUCGAUGAAAUUCGAAUGGGAACUUAUAAACAACUGUAUCAUCCGGAACAAUUAAUUACUGGUAAAGAGGACGCCGCGAAUAAUUACGCUCGCGGUCACUAUUCCAUCGGGAGCGAGGUGAUCGAAUCGGUGAUGGACAGGGUGCGUAGAUUGACCGAUCAGUGUACCGGUCUGCAAGGCUUCUUCGUUUUCCAUUCAUUCGGAGGAGGUACAGGAUCGGGUUUUACAUCCUUGCUCAUGGAGAGGCUGUCCGACGACUAUGGCAAGAAGAGCAAGUUGGAAUUUGUCAUAUAUCCGGCGCCGCAGGUAUCUACGGCCGUGGUGGAACCUUAUAAUGCAAUAUUAACGACGCACACGACGAUCGGUCAUUCCGAUUGCGCCUUCAUGGUGGACAAUGAGGCGAUCUAUGACAUUUGUCGGCGUAAACUUGGCAUCGAGCGACCCUUGUACGCAAAUCUAAACCGGCUAAUCAGUCAAGUUGUAUCGUCCAUCACCGCAUCCUUGAGAUUCGAUGGCGCCCUGAACGUCGACUUGACCGAGUUCCAGACAAAUCUGGUGCCCUAUCCUCGCAUACACUUUCCCCUAACAACCUAUGCUCCGGUGGUGUCAGCUGAAAAGGCAUAUCAUGAAGGUAUGUCGGUUGCGGAGAUCACCUCCGAGUGCUUCGAGGCCAACAAUCAGAUGGUCAAGUGCGAUCCACGCGAGGGCAAGUAUAUGGCCUGUUGCCUCCUAUACCGUGGUGAUGUCGUGCCUAAGGACGUCAACGCGGCAAUCGCCGCUAUGAAGGGCAAGAGUUGCAUCCGCUUUGUCGACUGGUGUCCCACGGGUUUCAAAGUCGGGAUCAAUUAUCAACCACCCACGGCCGUGCCAGGCGGUGAUCUCGCGAAGGUUCAACGAGCUGUCUCUAUGUUGUCCAAUACGACUGCUAUAGAGGAAGCAUGGGCCAAGCUUAAUCACAAAUUCGAUUUAAUGUACAAUAAGCGGGCGUUCGUUCACUGGUACGUAGGAGAAGGUAUGGAGGAACUCGAAUUCGCGGAGGCGCGCGAGGAUCUCGCAGCACUCGAAAGAGAUUACGAGGAAGUCGCCCUCGAGUCGCCAUCCACGCCAGACGCACCGUCAGAGUAUUAAUAUACGUAUUUUUGGAGAAUCUUUCAAUAAGCCGGCAUGUGUAUUUUUUCGCUGCCCGACAACUAAGUAAAAAUUAUCACACGUGUCAUUUAACGUGUCAUUUUACGUUAAAUUUUUUGUGUGAAAAGGAAGAUUUUA